UGACAAUAGCUAACUUGGGUUACCCUGUCAGCGCUUGGUUCCGACCAGUGCUCUGCAUUGGUUGACCUCACCAUGCAAGACCCCGCUUGCGCAAGGCAUGAUAGCUAACAUGAAGCAUUUUCACCUAAUAAACGUCUUUUCCCUAGCUCUACUUGUAUUCCUACAGAGCUGGGGUUUUCAGCCGCCCUUUGUUGACGCAUCGCCCUCCAUUGGCGACACCCAAAGCUGCCAGCUGUGCCCCUCUGACAUCAGCCCUGUGUGCGCCAACGGUAUCUUGACUCUGCAAAACGAAUGUCUUGCGCUUUGUCAGGGUCUCCUGCUAUUCCAACCGGGGCCUUGCGAAGUCGACCCACUUUUCGAAUCCCUAGCAGCACCUGAGGGAACGCCACCUCCCUCUCCAAUAGCUGCGUCUCAGUCGCCGCUUGCCACCCAAAGUGGCCUGCAGCAGGCUGGCUCAACCCCACCUGCUGAUGAGUCCGGCGUGGGGCGCAACCCGAAUCCAGAAACCGUCAACCGCUACCGGUUGGAGGGCUAUGUGUACUUAGGGAAUGCUGGUGACCUGGGUUUCUCUGGCGUGCCUAGCGCGGAGAAGCAGGAGGCACACAGGCGGGCACGUCGAGCUCUGCAGGACGGGGCCCAAAGCAGCAGCAGUCCCGACGCCGACUGGGACCCCUCCAAGCUAGUCUACCGCUCCUUCCGCCUGCACAGAGAUGGCUCUCUCUACGCGGAAACACAGCCCUGGACCCUCGCCGAAGCCUCCCUGCCUCCCUCCGGCUCCCGAGGCGGCUCCGCCCGCAUGCCGCCCUCCCACCGCCGACAGCUAAGCGAGCGCCCAGGUGCACAUGCAGCGGGCCGCAGUGGCCGGUCGCUGCUGCAGGCCGAUGGGCGCUACCCCGUGACUAGCACCCACUACUGGCCGAACAACGCGCUGGUGCAGAUGUACUUCCAGACGAGCAGCAGCUGGGAGGCUUGCUCCGGAACCUGGGUGUCAGGGUACGACAUCCUGACCGCCGCGCACUGCCUGACCAACUGGGAUACGCUGGAGACGUACCCCGUGGAUAGCUACCAGAUCCGCCCGGGCAUGGACGGCCAGGAUGUGCCGUACGGCACCUACCAGGCACUCUUCACCUCCUGGUAUCGUGGCGAGUUUGCGAUUGGGGAGCAGCCUAGCAGCGUCAACUACUACGAUAUCGGGAUGAUACGGGUGGCGCAGCUCUCUCCGGACUACCCGCUGCCGUACCACUCGUACAUGGGGUACAAGUACGAUUGCUCCAAGAGCCUCUACAGCGCCACCACCUGCGGCUACCCCGUUGACAAGGCGGACGGCUACUACCUGGACGUGAUGGGCUGGUACCAGUGGUGCUGCGACUUCAGCUUUGGGGGCUCCACAUGCGAGCCGGGUGCGCAGGUAUCCGCCUGGUGUAAUGCGGUCGCGGGUCAAUCCGGCAGUGCAGUCCUGGACUUGGCAGACCAGCGGGUGAUUGGCGUCCUCAGCGGCAAGCCCACUGCCAGCAACAGCACCUCCAUCUGGGCGCCCAUCACCGCGCAGCAUUUCGCGGCUCUGGAGCGAUGGCGGUACGACGGAGCGGACCCGCUGCACCCCGCGCCCUCGCAACCCAGCAGCCCGCCGCCGCCGCCGCCGUUUGACCCGCAGCGCUACGCAUGCACGACCCCUGGGUCAGUUCGACUGGUGCCGACAGGAGGCCUGGCCAGCCAGGGACGCGUGGAGGUGUGCAUGGCUGACGUCAUCGGAGCCUCAUACUGGUGGACCAGCGUGUGCUCCCGAACGUGGGGCUAUGCCGAGGCGGAGGUAGUGUGCAGGCAGCUCAACAUCCUUGGCCAGGCCGUCCCCGCCAACGGCUUCUUCGGACCCCAGGGAGCAGACCAAAAGUACUUUUGGGUAACCAACGUGACCUGUACGGGCGAUGAGGCGACAUUGGCUGACUGCCGUCAAAACGCCUGGGGCAACCUGGACAGUUGCAGUGCCGCGGAGGUGGCUGGGGUGGUGUGCGACUUCAAGGACGCAGGCAGCAGCGGCAGCACCCCUGACAGCAUUGACAGCGCCUACCAGUACGCCUCGUAUCCAUGCGGCUCCGACUGGCAAGUGCGUGUGAACGGCACUGCCAGCGGUCGGGUGGAGGUUUGCUUGAACGGCACUUGGGGCAGUGUCUGCGAUGACGGCUGGGACGACCAAGAUGCGCAGGUUGCUUGCCGCAACAUGGGCUUCAGCUACGGAACCGCGCUGAACGGCGCGUCCACGGACAACGGGCCCACGGGCAUGCGGGUGUGGCUCUCACAAGUCAACUGCACGGGAAGCGAGGUAGAUCUGUCGGAAUGUACGACCGACAGCCCCGUAGGAGCAACCCAGUGCACCCAUGCAAUGGACGCGGGCGUUUCUUGCUCCAACGAUGCCCUGACUCCAGCUAUCCCGUAUGCUGCUCCCACUUGCGACGAGGCGGGCGCUGUGCGUCUGGUGCCUGCUGAGGAUGUGGCGGCGCCCGGCGGUGCGGCCGUCUCGGGGCGUGUCGAGAUGUGCUUCAAACGCCGCUGGGGCGCAGUCUGUGCGGACAGCUACUGGGACGCGACGGAUGCCCUUGUGGUGUGCAGGUCUCUUGGCUACCGGUACUCGUACGUUGCCAGCACCACCAGCACGAGCGGUGAGCCCGUGUGGGCUCAGUGGGUGCAGUGCAGCGGCACCGAGAACGACCUGACUCGCUGCCUGGUCUGGGGCUGGCAGGACGUCGGCAGCUGUCCUGGCGGCGCGAGGGCGGCGGUGGCGUGCUCCAACUCCUCCAUGGCGGUGCCGCCGCCGCCAGCUAGCCCCUUUGCUUGUACAACUGCCGGUGCCAUUCGACUCGUGGGCGAGCAGUCGUACAACGACACGGCUGCGGGUACGGCAGGUGGCCGCGUGGAGUACUGCUACAAUGGCCAGUGGGGCACCAUGUGCCAGGACUCCUGGUCUGCCCCAGAGGCCCGUGUCGUGUGCCGGUCCCUGGGUUACUCGUACGGCGGUACGGCCGGGAACGGCACCUUUGGGGCCGCUCCGCGCAACCAGCCGGUUUGGUUGUCGUACCUGGACUGCUACGGCAAUGAAACUUCCCUGCGCGAUUGCUACAAGUUCAACCUGCUUAGCAGCAGCAAUGUGGAGGUGUCGGGCUACGUGGGCUUUCCGCAAGGCACACAGUACGGCAACAUGGCUGGCUACUGCCCCCAACACGCAGCUGAUUUGACUGUGAGGUGCUCCAAGCAAUUCAUUCCGCCGCCACCGCCUCCGUCUCCUCCAUCGCCGCCGUCGCCACCUCCCCGGUCGCCCCGGCAGCCGCCCUCUGAAGACGGAUCAUCCGUACCGUCGCCGCCGUCCCCGCCGCCGCCCUCGCCGCCCUCGCCCCCUCCACCCUACUGGAGCUCCCCGGGUUGCCCUGAGCCGGGGGCACUGCGGCUGAUGGACGGUCCCAGCCCGCUUGCAGGCCGUCUCGAGGUCUGCUACAACGGCAUGUGGGGCACGGUGUGUCAGCCCAACUGGGACGACACGCUGACCAACAUGGUUUGCCGCCAGCUGCUGGGGGGCAGCUCGUCCGCCUACGGCGUCACCGUCACCACCGGCUUCGCAGGCAUUACCUCCGGAACCUUCCCGCGCUUCCAAACCGCCAACGCCACGGUUCCUAAGUGGCUGGACCCCGCCUACUUCCGUGGCUUGUGUUACGGGACAGAGCGACGUCUCGCGGAUUGCGUCCCGCCCGAGGCAUGGGGCAGGGUUAACAGCUCCUGCACGCACAAUUGGGACGUGGGUGUAGCGUGCUGGCCGUCAAAGGCGGCCGUUGUGGCCACGCCUGUGCUGACUGCUCCGCCGUACGGCUGUAGCAAUGAGAUGGAAGUACGGCUUGUGAACGGCAGCACUCCCGGAAUGGGCAGGGUUGAGGUCUGCAAGAACGGUCAGUGGGGUGUCAUGUGCGGCGGCGGCCUCAACAACACAGUGGCGGCCGCCGUCUGCCGCGGCCUGGGCUACGCCGGCGGCGGCUACGUGAAUAACAUCCUCAGCGGCAGGCUGGGCGUCAUGUGCGGAGACGCGGUCAACUGCAGGCCACUCAUGUACGGAGGCCCAGCGCCGGGUCAGCCCGUGUGGGUUUGGAGCACCUCCUGUCCCCCGGGGGCUCGCUCCCUGUGGGACUGCACCCUCACCACCACGCGCCCGGCAUCCGGCUUUUACGUCAACAGCACCGGCCAAUGUACGGCGCCUGCACGUGUCGUCUGCAUACACACAGACUUCCUGCCGCCUCCGCCCCUGCCGCCGCCGCCUCCGUCGCCUCCGUCAGUGCCUAGCAGCCCCGCGCCUCCGAGCCCCGCCCCGCCCCGCCCCUCACCUUCGCCGCCCUCACUGCCGCUCAGCCCUGAGCCUCCGUCACCAGAGCCUCCCAGUCCUGAGCCCCCUUCGCUGCCGCCGCCGCCACCACCUACUCAACCUACCAGCCCUGGCGUGCCGCCACCUCCACCACCUCCUGAGCCGCACGCAUGGCCUACAGUGCCCAUGUCGCCGCCGCCGCUGGCGCCCUCAUAUCCCACCACCCCCGCCUCACCCCCGCCACCCCCGCCGCCCUUGGCACCUUCGUAUCCCACCAACCCCGCCUCGCCAUCAUCGCCCCCACCGCCUCCGUACUCCUCCCACCAGCCGGCAUCCAUGCCGCCGCCCCCCGCCCCAGACCGCAACACAGCUGACACGCCGCCGCCUGCGGACAGUGCCCCAUCUGGCGCCUACCCGCCCGGCCAGCCUGCACCCACCUACGCAACUCCGCCGCCGCCCUACUAUGACUCGUCCGCUACGCUAGGGCGAAAGGCAUCAAACCACAGACGGUUCUAGUCACCUGCUGCUGGAUCCGCACGUCGUCGAUACACUGCCGUCGGGCGGUGAGUAAUUGCGUGCGCCGUUUGAUUGUUGGACGAGCGUCCCUCGGGUGCCAUGCGUUGGUUAAGGUGCUGGGAGCCUCUGUUGUGCCCUGUACCGCGCUAGGACGUAUGUUGCGGUGCCAAUGCAACAUUAUGUUGCCUCUUAUUCGCAUUCUUUGAUUAGGAGAUUUCCACUUGACGCGUGCUCACUGAGUGACUCGUGCUAUUCGGGUGGUGUGUUUCCUGAUGCUGUGUGACAUCUGCGGAAUUUUGCGCUUGACGUGACGCUGGAUGAUAUACGGAUGAUUGAACUGCGUGUGACCAUGGGUUAAAAGUCACCCCUACUAUCUUCAACUUAACGACAUGCUUAGUGCUCAUUUUAGCGAGGGCUGAGAUUGAUUGAUACAGCCCCUGUCCGUCGGAAACCCCUGUACGAGUUUCCUCCCUUAGCCUUCGCCUAGCAGAUGUCGUACGUGCCAAAACCUUGCAUGGUGUCACCUGCCGUACCGGACUUACUUUGCUUGUGCGUGCACUACAGUAACACUCAGUAAUGUUAUUUGCACUACAGAUUCAUGAUUUGUUGCGAUUUAGCAAUGGUUGAUUAAUGCCGGAGGAGGAGGGCAUCAUAGGGCCGUUGAUCCUUGCUGGUCCUGCUGCUGGCGGGUUUGUACGGUUGAUAGUCGCCCCCAGUGUUUGAAGUUGUUGAUUUGCCCCUCAUAGCCACAUGCUCAAAUCCAAGCCGUACCGGUAUGUCACGACUUCGGAUCCGUCGAGAUGUAAUCAACAAGCUUGUG